AACCCAAUGACGCAUGAAAGAGGAAAUGCACCACCACAGAGGGAUUGAUUUCUUGCGAUAAAAACCAGUCGAUGACGCUUUCUUCUCUGUCCUCUCUUUGAUUCCUUGCCGGCCUAGCUUCCCCUAAAUCGAUACUCUCUUCAAUAGACGAGGAUUGAUCUAUCUAUACUCUAUCAAUUACUCGAUGUUUUGCUAUUCUCUUGUAUCGUAAUUGCUAUGUAGUUUUGAUGAUCUGGGCACCGACAAGUUUCCGAUCUGUAGGUGAAUUCAAUACUUGUUCGAUCUUUAGGGAGGUGGGUUUGAUCUUAUUUUCGGAUUGGAUUAGUGGGUCUUAGGCAAAAUUCGGUCUUCUUCUUUUUUAUUUGUGGUUCUGAUUUGAGAUGGUCUAUCUCCAAAAUUCAGUCGCGGUCUGCAACUCCGUUGACCAAACCUCAAACAUGGCAAAUUCUGCGAGUUCAAAUGAAUUGUAUCUGAAAUCAAGGAACAACAGUCAUGUACACCGGCACAGGAAGACACCCAACUCUCCCAAUUCCCUGAAAGUCCCUGUCUGUGAUCGAUCUCGAUCGGCAGCGGCGAUGGAUGUUGUCAUUUUGAUUGCUGUUAUUGGUGCUUGUGGGUUCCUGUUGUUUCCCUACAUCAAGUUUGUGGUCAUCAAGAUGCUUGAAGGUUGUUUUGCAAUUCAUAAUCUGGUAAAAGAGGCAGUUAUGGAAGAGCCUAUGAUAUAUGGAUCUGUGGGAGCUAGUACUUUUUGUGCAGCUUUAGCUGCUUGGGGUUUACUGAUGUGUACCAGUAGAAAAUGCGGAAAUCCGAAUUGCAAGGGCCUAAGGAAGGCAGCAGAGUUUGAUAUCCAGCUUGAAACAGAGGACUGUGUGAGGAAUUCUAGUACUUCGAUGAAAGACGGAGUGAAAAGGGGAUUUUUUGAAUUACCUCGCGACCACCAUCGCGAGUUGGAGGCAGAACUCAAGAAGAUGGCGCCUCUCAAUGGCAGAGCAGUGCUUAUUUUUCGAGGAAGGUGUGGGUGUUCUGUUGGCAGGUUGGAAGUGCCCGGACCUAAGAAGCAAAGAAAGAUCAAGAAAUAGGAUUCGAUAAUAUGAUUGUUGAUUUCAUAGUGACUAUAAAUGAAUGCAGGAAUAGUCAUGUGGCAAAACAGGAGUGAUUCUGAGGUUCAGCCUGUUGACGACUUGACGCUAUAAUGUUCUUAAUGAAUAAGCUCUCGAAGCAAUAAGUUGUAGGGGAAAAUAAACAGUUAGUUAUAGCACAGAAUAUGAGAACCGUUUCCUUUCUUACUUAUUAGUAUGAUUUGAUUAUACGUUUCCUUUGAUCUAUGUGUUACGUUCGUAAUUUUUCAAUUUAAUUUUUAUAGUCUCUUUCUACUGAA